CAGCCUCAACACAGGCAGACAAAUAGAGAGAGCGUGUGAGCACGAGUCAGGAAGAGUGCGAAAGAAGGAGCACCAAAGACCACACACCCAAAUAAAAGAGAAAAACGAUUGCAGAGGAGAGGAGGGGAAAUUCCAAGUCAAAGCCCAGUGCAUGGUCAAUGAGAUCAAUUUAACUUGCAGUCCUGCGUUUGUUUUCUCAAGGGAUAGCAUCAGGGUUCAGUGAAUUGCCAGUGGAGUGAACAAGCGAGCAGCCAUCCAAGUUGUUCUACCUUUGCCAUCUGUGGCUUGGCUCCUUGUCGAACGGUCGGACUGUCAGAGCUGCUAUAGACCCGGUGCUGCCUGCAGAGAUGGACGCAGAUGCCAAGGACAAGGAGAGGAAAACCAAGAUCCAGUUCUCAGUCCCGUCCGCUGUGCCCCUUCAGCUGGACCCGCGACAGGUGGAGAUG